AUGCUCUUGGCCACCGGGGCAGAGGAAGUGUCCAGAGUCAAUGACAGCCUUGGUCGUUGGCGCAAGAUCUGCUGUAAUCUUGGCUGUUGUGAGACUUGGAGCAAUGGAAAAGGCAGAGCGCAUUUCCUCUUCGGUCAUUAUGCGAUACACUUUGAUAACUAUACUCUCCACUUACUUCUUCAUGACUGUCUCAUGGAUUUAUCGGGCUUUACUGAACACGCCCUCCACAUCUUGCUCAUCUCCUGGAUUUUGUAUCUUAGCUAUGGGCUUUCCUACUCUCCUCUCACUAGUCCUUCUUACUUUCCCCUCUUGCAGUGGGCCCUCAGGGUGGGCGGGCACUGGGAGCAUGGGGCUGCAGGGAGCUGUGUACCUCCUUUGGUGGCCCAGGCAAGUGCAGAUACCUGCUUGCUGGGAAAGAUGUGUUCAAUAUUCUCAUAUUCUCACGCACAACUUGGCAAAUCAGAAGAUGGAAGGCUGAUUUAUACUGGGAAUUUGGCCCGUGCAAUGUUUGGUUUGAAAUGUUUCUCUUAUUCUACAAGGGUUCAGACUUGCAUGUCUACCAUACAUUUUUUUUCACAAAGCAAUACUAUAUUUGGAACUCUGCCUUUACAAAUCCUAUUUUAUGGUGUUAUCAGAAGCUUUACGGUGAUUACCCCAGCAGUGCUUCAUUUUGUUUCAAAAGGCACUGUCAUUUGGUUGUACCAUGAGGCCAAAACAUACACUUAUAAAGCCAUUACUUACAAUAUUGUGCUUUCAGAAAUGAGCACAGUGUUUCACCAAAAUGACAUGAAGAUUCCAAAUAGCACACAUCUGUUGACCACAUUUUAUGCUAAAACAAAAUCACUAUUAGUUAAAACAAUGCUCUUUCCAAACCGUGAAGAUUAUAACCAUCUAAUGGGUUAUGACAAACCAUUUACUUUUGGUAUAGAAGAAGACAGUGAAAAGAAACAGCUUGGGGAUGAGAAAUGA